AUGCAGUACCUGGUUUCGUAUUUGAGCGGUGAUGCGAAACGGCUGAUAAAUUCUUUCCCGAUUUCGGAUGCCAACUACAAGGAGGCGUGGGCGGCAUUGUCGAACUUCUAUGACAAGAAGAUACACGUCCGGGAAUUUGUCGAGCAGCCUGUGAUCACCAAUGCUGCUGCCGACAAUUUGCGCAAACUAGUCACUAAUUCGGACGAGGUAGUUCGACAACUGAAAGCUCUGGGAGAGGAGUACAACACACGCGACCCCUGGUUGAUCCACCUCCUGCUGGAGAAGCUAGAUAAGGACACCCGGUCCUUGUGGGCCCAAAGGAUUAUCUACGUGGUGAACCCAUCCUACGAAGAGUUCCUCAAGUUCUUGGACAAUCGGUGCGACGCUCUUGAAACCUGCACGGCGUUCAGCAGGAAGGUGAGAACGGAUAAUCAACGGAAGGAUGCCGGGAAGAAGAUGCAAGCUGAGAAGAAGAUGCAGUCGCUGCAUGCGACUACAGUGAUACAAAAGUGCGCGAAAUGCUCCAGCGAGCAUCCGAUUCAUAUGUGCGAAGACUUUAAGAAAAUGGACUUACAGUGCAAACGUGAACUCGUACAAAAGGCGAAGUUGUGCUACAAUUGUCGUCGGCCUUCGCAUUCGGUGAAGAAUUGUGCCUCGAAGUCGGUGUGUCGCGUCGGCGGCUGUAAGCAGCGCCACCACACGCUGCUGUGCCCGAAGAUUGAAAACUCAAGUGAUCGGAAGGAAGAACGUAGUGAUGACCCGAAACAGCCAACGCAACCGUCGCGAGAUCCCGUUGAUGUUGUUAGCUCGCUGGUGGUUCAGGUUCCGAAACCACUGAAUGAAUCGUUCGUGCUGCCGGCGGCGCUCAUCAACGUGAAGACUGUGGACGGAGGGUUUCUGAAGUGUCGUGCGUAG